AUGCAAAAAAUACCGCUAGAAACGUUCACCUUCUUACCAAGCAAAGUCUCAAAGCUAUUUUGCUUGCAGGCCAAUCUCGGUGUACUGCUCGGCGUCUACCUGCCGACAAUUCAGCACAUUCUCGGUGUCACGAUGUUCAUUCGACUUUUCUGGGUUGUCGGAAUGGCUGGUCUGUACUGGACGAUGGUGCUGUUGGCGAUAUGUUGCCUUUGCACGCUUCUCACCUCCAUCUCCCUCUCAGCAGUGGCCACGAAUGGAGUUGUCGAAAGCGGUGGUGCGUAUUUCAUCAUCAGUCGCAAUUUGGGAGCAGAAUUUGGCUCAGCGGUAGGCAUUUUAUUCUAUCUGGCCAACACCGUCGCCGCCUCCAUGUACAUCGUCGGAGGUGUUGAAGUGCUUCUGGUGAAGACAUACUAG